CAUGAUUAGGCCACGCCCCUCCAAGAAGGCUUCGGAGUCAAAGUGAUGUGGAGCACUGAGGAAGGUUUUCCACACUUAGCGAAGCUGAUUUAACGUCUUUUAAGGUGUUCGUUUUAAACGUUUCUUUUCUACCUGUGGACAAAGUUUCGGUCCACCAGCCCAUUCUGGACGUAGAUCUCUUGAAGAGCUGAUUGGAACUUGGCACCAGAAACAUCCCCUGUUGCUGUGGGACCUAAACAGGCCUGAACAAUCUCUGCAGGAGAGGAACCCUGGAGUUCAAAAAGUCAUAACAUGUGUCUGCAGGGAGGUUUGAGAAAGUGUCAGAACUGAAGAGAUGAGUUUUGAAGAAGAGAGACCCUGAAGGAGAUCAGACCGUGAUUCCAGAGAAGGUUUCAGUUUCUUUCUGUCAGACUAACUGCACACCUUCACCUGAUGUCGAACAUGACCCCAAACUCAAAUGUGUCUUACUGCCCGCUGAUUGAAAUGAUGAGGAACUUCAGCUCGAAGAGCAACGAGGUCAACUGGGUGGUGGUUUCCCUCCACGGUCUCGUCUCCUGCCUGGGGAUUUUGGAAAACGCCCUGAUCAUCUGGGUGCUGGGGUUCCGCCUCAGGCAGCACACGGUGAUCAGCAUUUGGGUGCUCAACCUGUCCCUGUCCGACUUCCUGGCCUGCCUGACGCUCCCGCUCUUCACAGCCUACCUUUCUCUCUCCAAGAGCUGGGAGCUCAGUGACUUCCUGUGCACAGCGCAGUCGUCCAUCUUUUACGUGAACAUGUUUGUUUCAGCCUUCCUGCUGACGGUCAUUUCACUGGACCGCUUGCUUCUGGUGGUCAAGCCGGUGUGGAGCAAGAAUCAUCGCUCCGUGGCAGGAGCAUGGAAGGUGUGUGCACUGGGGUGGCUGUGGGCCGUGAUAAACACUGCCCCCUACUCCGUGUUUCGCUCGGUGAUCGAAAGGCAUGAUGGGAAAAAACUGUGCUACCAUAAUUUCGCUUUGUAUCUAUCUGUUAAUGAGUCCCUGGAGACGGUGUGUGCUGUGAGAGAGCAAGCCACUGCCAUCUCCAAGAUGCUGUUUGCAUUCCUGUUUCCUUUAGUGAUUAUAACAGCGAGCUACAUCAAAAUUGCUCUCAGGCUGAAUGAUCUGGUCAGAAGACGAAAGCAGAAUGACAAAAGGAUGAAUGAUAUACUGACCAGAGGUGGCAGUUCUGAAGUAAAUAAUAUCCCCCUAAAAACUACAGAUAAUAAUUUCUCCCCUAAGUCUUUUACUGCUGAUUCAUCUACCAAAGCUAAAUCAAACGCCACAUCCUCAAGCACUUCUGCUCCAUCACUGCUGCCCAAGAGUUUCACCAAAAUGACAGCRUUAGUGAUUAUUGCCUUCACUCUGUUCUGGGCUCCUUAUCACAUCUUAUGCAUGAUGGAAGUAGCCUUUUACCAGAAGGAGAUAGCAGACACACGGCUUCCUCUAGCGGCAACUUUCUCGUUCCUGAAUCCAGUUUUGAACCCCGUCCUGUAUGCCUUCAGCUGCCCUCAGUUCUGCCUGAAGAUCCGUCAGAAUCUGACAGCCGUGUUCGAAGGACUCAUAGAGGAAGGCGGGUUACUGAUGGUGCCGGGGAGCUUCAAACCUCAAAAGAGUCAGGAYGUGGACUUCAAACUUUAACUCUAGGUCAAGUAGUUUUAGGAAAAUUUCAGCAAAACUUCMGAUUUACAGUUGACUUAUUUUAUAUAUMCAUUUUUUGGCUCUUGUAUUGAACUACAAGAAGUUUGCACUUCAGUAAAAAGUGAAAUUGUGCAAAGACUGCUUUAUUAAUUUAUUUAAUGAGGAGAGACUUAUGUGUAUUUUAGGACAAACAAAAUGCUUUUAUGGUCAUUACCAAGUUUUUAACGCCUAAACUAAAUCAAAUUUUCUGCUGCCUGAAGCUAAUAAGAGCAUGAAAUCAUAAUUUACAUAAUAAAAAAAAUAUUUGAGCAUUCAGCUGAAAAUUGAUUGUUUAAAACAAAAAUAAAGACUUUUGGA